CAGUGCUUCCUACACCAACAUCUCUUGGUGGGCCUCCCACCAUCUCUCUUGAUUAUACUUCUCUGUUCUUGAUAGACUUUUCCUUUUCCCUUGUCAUGCUGCUGAGAGCAAAACACUACCCGCAAACCUUCUUUCGUUCUUUAGCUUUCCACCAGUCACUGUCCUGCGUGAAGAUAACCUCACCAAAGCGCACCAGAAUACCUCAACACUUUGCUCGCCCAAGACAUCAAAACUACUAUUCACUACUCCCCCAUGAUAGGAAAAUGAUGGAAAUCGAUGAAGAGAAGUCUCCCAACAGUGGGAGUGCAGACUCCUCACGGUCGGAGAGUCCUGCCACCACCUCGACACCAUCACCAAUGAUCGAUGUCGAAGAAACAGUGACCUUAAUCCCUACCGACAAGGCCCUAAAUGGAAAACAAAAGGCCGCAAACAAGUCCAAAGAUGCAUCUCCAGUCCCGGACAUCAUCAGGCCUCGUGCCUACCAGCGAGAGAUGUUGGAGCAGAGCCUGAAGAGAAACGUGAUUGUUGCGAUGGAUACAGGCAGCGGAAAGACACAAGUCGCCGUUCUUCGCAUUCAAGCGGAACUCGAGAGAAGUUCACCCAACAAGCUUGUGUGGUUCUUAGGAAAGACUGUUAGCCUCUGCGAACAACAGUUUAAUGUUAUCAAGAGACAAAUGCCAUCGGUGCCCAUGAGACUGCUUACGGGGCAGCUCAACAUCGAUGCAUGGUCGCCAGAAGUUUGGCCUCGAAUUCUCAAGGGCACUCGUAUCAUCGUAUCUACAUUCUCCAUAUUGCGUGAUGCUCUUGACCACGCCUUUGUCACAAUGGACAUGCUCGCUUUAAUAGUAUUUGACGAAGCCCAUAAUUGCGUUAAGAACAGCUCUGGGCGGAAGAUCAUGAUGAACUUCUACCAUCGACACAAGAACGUGGGUAUGCCAGUACCUGCCAUACUCGGCUUGACUGCCAGUCCCAUUAUCUCAUCAGAUCUUAAGGAGAUCGAAAAACUAGAGAAUACAAUGGACGCUAUCUGCGUUACUCCAACCACUCAUCGGGAGCAACUACUCAAGCAUGUCAACAAGCCUCACCUCAUUCGCUCACUCUACGAUGCUACGAAGAUCCCUCCCCGUACGCCACUGAUGCAACAACUGCAAUCAGAAUACUCGAACAUGGAUAUCGCAAAGGAUCCUGAGGUUCUUAAGUUAAAGGAUCUUGUCGCUAAUGAUGAAAAAAAGCGGGAAAAGUUAAUGAACGUGAUUAUGAAGCACGACACGUUCUCGCAACAGCAAAUCAGAGGCCUCUGGAACAAGAGUAGAGAAAUCCUUGCCGAACUUGGCAGCUGGGCAGUAGACCAUUACAUUUCACAGAUGAUCAAGACCUUCCUUGACAGAAUCGACGCAUACAGUACUUUCACCGAUGCAUGGUGUAACGAGGACAGGACCUAUCUUGCAGGACACUUGCGCCGAAUCAACAUCGGUGUCGUUGACAACUCACCACCAACCGCUCAAACCGUCUCACACAAAACUAGCCGACUGAUCCAUGAACUUCUUGCGGCCGAGAACCAUGUAGUUGGAAUCAUAUUCGUCAAGGAACGCACUGCAGCGCAUACACUUUGCGAGCUUCUUAACAACUACCCCCCUAUUCGAGAUCGUUACCGCGUCGGUGCAAUAGUCGGGGCUUCGAGCUACGGACUUCAGAAACAAAAAGUCUAUGAGUACUCCAGUGGCCCUGGCCCUCAAGUCCUCGAUGAUUUCAGAUCAGGGACUAUCAAUCUCCUGGUGGCUACCAGUGUCUUAGAAGAAGGCAUUGAUGUUCCCGCAUGCAACCUAGUUGUGUCCUUCGACGAGAUCGCUACCCUCAAGUCAUUCAUCCAGCGCCGUGGACGAGCUCGCAUGCAGGAAUCCAAAAUGAUUGCCUUGCUGAGCUCAAGCACAGACAUCCGCGCCUGGGAAGAACUGGAGAAAGGCAUGAAGGAACGUUACGAAGAUGACCAACGAGAAUUGGCUCGAUUGGAUGAACAGGCACGGGCAGAGGAGAUUGAUUCCACCUACUAUAUCGUAAAGAACACAGGAGCACGGCUCGACCUCGACAAUGCUCGACAACACCUGGAUCGCUUUUGUCAAAUUGUUUUCCGCUCAGAUUAUGUCGGUCAACUCCCCGACUACGUCUUCCAUAAAGAAGAGACUCCAUACGGCGGACCGAUCUUGAGAGCUACGGUUACUUUGCCAGGAGGGUUGCCACUCAAUCUUCGUACGUUCAAAAGUGCUUGCGGGUGGAAGUCUGAACGGAAUGCCAUGAGAGAUGCCGCAUUUCAGGCAUACGUCGCUUUGUACGAAGCAGGGCUGGUCACAGAUAACCUGGCCCCUCUCAAUGCUAAGUCAGAGAAGGUGGAAGAAAAGACCGACCUAAUGCCGGAGCACCUAUUCGACCCCUGGAUCCAGAUCGCCCAACGCUGGAAGUCGGGUUGUGAUAAGCAAUUCUACUUGUUCGAGUUUACCGAUGACGAGUUUCCCGGCCCUUGUUUAUUUGACGUCAUGUUACCUGCUCUAAUCGACCUGCCUCGAAAGAUCACGUUAUACCCUGGGAAUGGCUCCAAGUGGUCCAUCGUAUGCGAUUCGUUUGUCGAUAUACCCGAUGAGGUAUCUUCAAAAGAACCAGAUCAAACUUCGGCUCUCUUGGCUAUGAACUUUCAGCACCGCUGGCCGGUCGAAGAUCGCGAGCAUGUUAUCAAGAUGUCCAUAGCCAGUACGACCAUCUUCCCUGCCCACCACGUCACCCGGGAUGACAUGGGUGCAUUACCCUUCCGCGGAGACGGGGUGGAAGAGGCGAAGAAACACAGAGUUCUUGUGCGAGACCAAUACAAAACGCCGUUUCACUACGUCGGCACGAUUCCCUCAAAACCUGAUUUUUAUGAUGUGCAACGCCCAUUCUAUGAAUAUGACAAAGGUCCAUUGAAUGAAGAGUAUCUAGUUCUUGAAAGAUGGGGUCUUCGAGUCGACUUACUUCAUGAUUUGAAGGAUGGUCAGGCCAAGUCAAGCACUAAACCUUACGAGUGUGUGCUUCCCAUUUCUUAUGCCCGUGUUGAUAGGGUCAAGAGACGAGUCGUCAAGUGCGGUCUGUUCAUUCCACAUAUCAUACAUGAGCUAGAGGUGCAGCUUAUUGCAUCUGAAUUAUCUUCUACACUUCUGAAGCCAGUUGGCAUCAAGAAUUUGCAGUUGGUGCUUGAGGCCGUAAGCUCGCCUAGCGCUCGUGAACCUGUCGACUACCAGAGACUUGAGUUUUUGGGCGAUUCUAUUUUGAAGUUUUGCACCGUCACUCAGGCUUAUUCUGAACACCCGUCAUGGCCCGAAGGCCUUCUGAAUCACUUUAAAGAUCGACUCGUAUCCAACGAACGACUCCAACGAGUGUGUCUUGAGAAAGGGCUCUCAAAGUUCAUUCUUUCGAAGCCUUUCACCGCCUUGAAAUGGAGGCCACGCUAUCUUGAUGACAUUCUUAAAGAAAAACCUGCCCCUCGACCCGCGCCAGUGGGUGGAUCGAAGACCUUGGCCGAUGUUGUAGAGGCACUUAUCGGAGCCUCUUACCAAGACGGAGGGCUGACCAAGGCCCUUAAAUGCAUUUCAGUCUUUUUGGGCGAUAGCUGCAACUGGCAUCAAGAGGGUGUGGCUAGAGACAUUCUCUUUGCUGCAGCUCCUAGCGACGUUCAGCUUCCCAGCAACCUUGAACCCCUUGAAGACCUAAUCAAGUAUAAAUUCAAGAAGAAGUCUCUGCUGAUCGAAGCAGUUACUCAUGGUUCAUAUGCUACAGCCAUGCAGGAAAAAUCCUACGAGCAGCUCGAGUUUCUGGGGGACGCUGUUCUGGAUUAUAUCGUUGUCACCAAAAUGUUUCAGCACUAUCCGCCAAUUCCUACUGGUCGCCUUCAUAUGAUCAAAACGGCCAUUGUGAAUGGGGAGUUCCUUUCACUUGUGAAUCUAGUCAACUCUAUCCAACGAAAAGACUUGGAAGUUAGGUCCGAUGGUGAGCUUGUAACCAAAACUACUGCACUUCCACUUUGGAAGUUCAUGAGGUUUAACUCUUCCGAAAUGGCCAAUGUCAUGUUAGAAACCGAGGAGAAAUUCGAGUCCAUGCGACGGGAGCUUGUCAUAGCUUUGUGGGGUGAUGGUCACUACCCCUGGGCGCUCCUCGCACGCCUUCACCCCCAAAAGUUUUAUUCGGAUAUGUUUGAAGCUCUUCUCGGUGCCGUCUGGGUCGACUCGGGAUCUAUCGAAGAAUGCACGCGUGUUCUUGAAACAUUUCAGGUGAUGGACUAUCUGGAAUUUGUUAUCAAGGAGGACAUACACGUUCAGCAUCCCAAAGAGGAACUUCCUAAGUUCGCUGAUAGACAAAAGAUGAAAUACACUACAACCCUGAUCGAAGAACCCGAGCCUCGAUGGAGUUGUGGAGUCACAAUUGGAGAGCGGUUGGUAGGAGAAGUCGAAGGUUCUCUCAACAAGGUUGAGGCUAUGACCAAAGCUGCGGAGAAUGCGAUUCGACUUUUGACAGAGGAGAUGAAUGCGGUAAAUCAGCAACAAGAUGCCAUGGACGCCUCCUAGGAAGGGGAUCAGGAACACGCCUCGCAGAGAGAUGACCUUGCACAGAAACAGGACGAGGUCACGGCCGAUACUUCGCCAGAGAAGGAGUCCACUGAUCGUUUAAUGGAAGGCAUUCUAACCGAUAAUCCGGAGGACAAGGAGCCGGUUGUUCCUCCAAAGAAAGAGAACAAGACGAAGUCGUUGGUCGAGCCACUGAAGAACGAGAAUACGAAGAAGUUGGCCGCCCACCCAAAGGAGGUGGAGUUAGCUCGUAGGCCCAUAGAGGAGGAUUUGAUCGAUUUCUCGGAGGACGAGAUGUCGGUCGACCGUCCAAAGGAAGUGGAUUUAGGCCAUCAUCCCAUGGAGGAGGAUUUGAUCGGGUUCUCAGACGAUGAGACAUCGGACGACCGUCCAAGCAAAAAGAGACCAGUUCACGUUUCAGAAGAUCACAAGAUAGCUGAUCUCCAAGAGAAGAAAAAGUCUAAGAAAUUUUGAGGCCUGAGGAUACGGGAAUUCUUUGGAGAGAGUAAAUCAAGAAGGAUAAGACUAGAAAUGGCUUGUAGAUACCUAGAUAGACACCCUAGCUCGUCUAUACUUGCUUUCCAAGUUCCUCCAAAAUCGUGUCUACUGUCCAC